AUGACAAACCUAAAGACCGAGCCUAGUGGCCUUAGAAAGGCGCUGAGAGAGAAGUACAAGUAUGAAGGCAAUGGACUCGUCACAAUAGAGAGUAUAUGUGGUGAACUGGGGAAACUCCUGCGAGAUUAUGGUGUGGAGGGUGUAAAUGGUCGAUUUUGGACUGACAAGUUGCUGCGGCAUAUCUUGAGUCGAGCAAGAAUUAAGGCCGAAUUAAAACGACGUGAACAUGGAUUCGACGAUCCGGAAGUUGAUAAAUACGUCGACAAAAUCCAUCCGCCAGAGGCAGAAGUCUCAGCAGACUGUACUCCACCGGGAGCGUUCCUCAAGGUUUUCGCACUGCUCGUAUUACAAGAACGCUGCCAUGAUAUUCGGCAUUUUGUAAAUGCUGGGUUUAACGACCAGAAGCUGCCUAUCAGGAUUGAGAACAACACGGUCUAUCCUCUAACCGGACCUAACAAACCUAUCGCAUGUUUUGAAGGCUGGAAAAGUUCGGAGAAAGAAUACUUUGAAUCGUAUCAGUGGAGAGUUGAUACACCAUAUUUCAGCUCGACAGCAGAUGAGCCUUUGAAAGUGCACUAUCUACAUAAAGACACCUGCAAGCCGUGGCGUCGGUCUCGCGAAACACCAUCUGAUCCCCAUGAUGAUGUUUCAGAUAAUAUGGGAACUUUUGGAAUAGUGACAAGAGUCGACAUCCACCCAACUUCACAUUCCUAUCAGCAACUAUUGGCAAGUAUCAAUUUUGAUUGUACAAAGUUUGCAAUCAAGACACUUCACACCACAAGCCACGAUAAUGAGUCAAAGUUCCAAGAGGAGUGGAAGAUGCUUAAGCUUUUCAACGGACUCAAGCACCCCCACCUAGUGACCGCCCUGUGUGCUUUUCAAUGUGCAGAAGAAAGAGGUUUUAUCUUCCCUAGUGCGAUCUGUGAUCUCAGCGAGUACCUGGAGAGGAGAGAACCCCCAAGGCACCGCAAGGCGACAAUCUGGUUAUCCAACCAACUGCUAGGACUAAUCGGCGGACCUCGAUAUGUCGAAGAGUUUGAUGAUGCAAGGACCACGAUGUCCAUCAACGGUGCAAAUAACAAUGUUUUCUAUUCUUUCACAAGAAGACCUGAUAGAGAGAGUUACGUGGUGCAGGUAAAGGCCGAGGUUGUUGAAUGGAUUAUCAAGUUACAUCAACAUGCAUAUUGCUAUGAAUUCUUACACGAUGCUCUUGAUAUCAUUUCAAAAGAGAUGAUAGUAGUCAUUACGUAA